AGUAAUAAAGGGAAUCUAGGUAUGCUGAGUCGUUGUAGCCAUAUUUGUUGAGGUUGGAUGAAUGAGGCUUGCCUAGCAGGCACGGGAUAACAUUCAAAGCCUAUAUUCGACUGGAGAAAGGCAAUUUUUUGUCUGUUAAGGGAGUGAUGCCAAUAGAACAUAAAAUAUAAGGUCAUCUACUGCAGAAGCUUGCGACUCACUUGGCAUGGCUUUGGAGUCUGUUCCCUGUACUAUCAAAGCCCCGGUUCCUCUACAGGUAGGAGAUGUGAAGACGGAGCAGGCCAGUCCUGGCGUAUACGUCAUCGAUGUCACGUUCCCCAAAUCUCAGACUGUUGAUCUGCAAGAGAUCACUUUCAAGAAUUAUUACACAGCAUUUUUGACUGUAAGAAUACAGCAGAGGAGACCCUCCGAGGCACGAGGAAACACGGCAGUAUGGUGUACAUGCAUCAAGAACUUGUGUCUGAUGCCCAACCCUCACAUGGAAGAGGGAUCCCAAGACUAUGUGUCUCUACAUAAGAGCCAGAUGCUGUGCAACACGGAUAAUGUCUCGACCAUUCGUCUGAUCUUACGGCAGCCGUCGCCUGUCUGGCUAAAUUUCACUGUGGAAGACUUGCAGAUAAAUCCCCCAGGAAAGCAGAGUCCACAGAAAGAGUUUUCCAGGCUGUUGUCUCAACUGCCUCCUAAGGAGCAACUCCAAAAUCUGCACAAGAGACUUCCAGAACCUGGCAAAGUAUCCAGCGAGGUGCAACAAAUGUGGGCUCUGACGGAAGUGAUGAAGGCCAAUCAGAGCACAGCGAGCAUCGGUAGAUUUGAUGUAGAUGGGUGUUAUGAAAUUAACCUUCUUUCAUACACCUAACAGAAUGGACUUUUCUUUGCGGAUACCUGGAGGGCACAGAUGUUCUUGGGAUCAGCUUCAAGGGUCUGCCUGAAGGAAACAGGAGGAAAAGCUGUUAUCUUUCACAAUAAAUGUCUGAAUUGCUACAAACGAUCUGUUUUAAAAACACAGAAUAAAACUGUUUUUUUUUAUAUGUCAAACAAGGCAAAGAUGUAUUUAAAAUAAAUUUAGAUCUGGGUC